AAACCCUCUGUAAAACCCUAACAUGGGAAAUAAAAACCUAAACUGAAGCGAACAAAGAACCUGAGAUUCAGAAUUCUCUAGAAGGCGAGAGAGAGAGAGAGAGAAAUGGCGAAGCGGCUGGUUCCGUUGUUGAAUCGGGUUCUGGUGGAGAAGAUCGUUCCCCCAUCGAAAACGAACGCCGGCAUCUUGUUGCCGGAGAAAUCCACCAAGCUGAAUUCUGGAAAAGUAGUUGCGAUUGGGCCUGGAAUUCGUAGCAAGGAAGGGAAUCUAAUUCCGGUUUCUGUUAAAGAAGGCGACACUGUGCUUUUGCCUGAAUACGGUGGAACUGAGGUCAACCUUGCUGAUAAACAGUAUCAUCUUUACAGAGAUGAAGACAUAUUGGGGACGCUGCAUGAUUGAUUUGUACCAAUUCUUGUUCUGCUUAAUUUGACCUGUUUCUUUCUGUUAUCAUCAUUUUUAAUGUAUGUUGUCUGCUGUUGGAACAAACCAUUUUUCUGCAACAAAUGGGGAAACUCUUUUUGAA